GCGGCGCGCUGUGUCCGUGGCGCGUGUUUCGGGACCGGUCAGUGCCCCUCAGGCACCUUCCCCGGCGCUCGGUUGACCCGGAGUUGUAUUAAACCGUAUUUUUUUUGAAAAAAAACCCCCCCUCCAGAGCCGAAGAUAUGGCUUCAGGAACGGGGUUGAUCUAUGAUGAGCAAAUGACCAACUACAAACUAUUGUGGAAUGACCCAGCUUGCAGUGUUGAAAUUCCAGAACGAUUGUCCUCUCUGUAUGAGAAACUGAAACACUAUGGUCUUGUGGAAAGGUGUAUCCCACUGCCUAUUAGAGAAGCUGUUGAAGAGGAAAUAUUGUUAGUUCACAGCCUAGGUUACCUAGAAGCUGUAAAAUCUACACCGUCCAUGAAUGUUGAAGAUUUGAAAACCUUUUCUAAUAACUACAAUGAUGUAUAUUUUCACCCUAACUCUUACCACUGUGCCAAGUUGUCCCUUGGAGGAACUCUGCAACUUGUUGAUGCUGUGAUGUUGGGGAAAGUGAGAAAUGGGAUUGCAUUGGUCAGACCUCCCGGACAUCACAGUGAGGAGGGUGAAGCCUGUGGGUUUUGUAUCUUCAAUAAUGUAGCAAUAGCAGCUGAAUAUGCAAAAAAGAAAUAUGGAACUGCAAAGAUUCUGAUUGUUGAUUGGGAUGUGCACCAUGGCCAAGGAAUUCAACACAGAUUUCUGGAGGAUCCAAGUGUGCUGUACUUCUCUUGGCAUCGUUAUGAACACCAACAGUUCUGGCCCAAUUUAAGGGAAUCUGACUACGAUGCUAUUGGAGAAGGCAAAGGGACAGGAUUCAACAUAAAUGUGCCAUGGAACAAGAUUGGAAUGGAAAAUUCUGAUUAUUUGGCAGUAUUUUUCCACAUUCUGCUCCCUAUGGCUUAUGAGUUUAACCCUGAAUUGAUUCUGGUUUCUGCUGGAUUUGAUUCUGCUAUUGGAGAUCCUGAGGGUGAAAUGUGUGCUACGCCUGAAUGUUUUGCUCAUCUCACUCAUUUGCUGAAGUCAUUAGCUAAUGGGAAAAUCUGUAUUGUUUUAGAGGGAGGAUACAACUUGUGCUCCCUUUCAGAAUCUGUUUGCAUGACUGUACGUUCGUUACUGGGAGACCCGGUACCUCAACUGGUUAGCCAAAUGGCCCCAUGUGUCAGUGCCAUAGAAACAAUUCAGAAUGUCAGAGCAGUGCAUCAAGAUCAUUGGAAUUAUUUGAAGUAUCAAGACAAUAAGUUUGUUAAAGAACCCAGCACCAAAAAAGUAAAACUCGGUAAUGAAAGGAGUCCUGCUGAAUCUGUUGAUCAGGCUGCAAGUGGUGAUGCUAAAAGCGUAGAAGCAAAGGAAACGACUGUGGACAAAGAUUUUGAUGAUUUCAUGGAUUCUCACAUGAAGAAGGUUCUGGUAUCUGCUCCCCCUGUCAGGACUGCUUUAGCUGGCUGUGGAGGCAAAAUAAGCAAGCUGGAUCAAUGCCUCCAAUUGGAAGGGAAGAAAAUCACCAGGGAGGAAGUUUCAACCCUCAUGAGGAUUAGUGACCGAGCAAACAUGAAGGAUGAUGAAAGCUUCUUACCGUCCCUGGGGAAGAUGUUUGCAGUAAUUGAUAAAAUCACAAGAAAAGAGGUGAGGAAUGGAAUUGUGGUGUCCCCUACUCUGUUACCCUCUGUCUUUGCAGCACAAUAUUGCACAACCGUUGGAGUAAACAGGGUAUUACUAUUGCUGGUUGGAGAAGCUGAUAUUCCUACUGAUAUUAAAGAUAAUGAAUCAAUCCUGGUAGUACAGAUCUGCAGGAAACUGGAUGAAAAGAUGCAGACAAGUCAUUACAUUCCAAUUUGCUGGAAAGAGGAUGGUAAAAGGGAUGGGGACCUUCUCUAUGCACUCUUCCAAUUUAUUUUGCCUCUGGCUUAUGGACAUCAGCCUGACCUGGUGAUAUUGGCAGUGGAAUCUAACAGUGGUAUUCAAGUAGUUACACUAACUCACUUGACUCAUCUACUCCAGGGGUUAUCUGAGGGUCGGAUCCUUGCAAUAUUUCAGGAUUCUGAUGUAGAUCUCAUGGAGGCCAUGGCCAGUUCUUUGUUGGGUGAUCCUGUAAUUCCAGUGGAAUCUUUUGUCUAUAAACAAGAAAGUGUCCUUGUUUUGGAGAAACUCAGACAGGAACUUAAGAAGCCCUGGAAAUUACUACAGAACAGAGUAAACUGAGCUUUUGGUUCAUUUGGAGUAUCUUGGAAUUCAAGCUUGAAGUAAACUUAAACCAAUCCUGGAAACCUUAAUAAAAUGAUAGUAUCAAGAAUCUCACCAUGGUCAUUUGACUUUGCUGUUCUACUCAGCGCCUUGGGAUGUCCUCCCGAUGUGAAAGGUGCUAUGCAAAUGUAAUUUUGUACUUUUUUUUUGUACCAGAGGUUUUCUAUGUGCUGAACACAAUUUUUGUAGAAACUGAUGGUAUAUAGAAAGAUUGUCCUAGUCUGCACUAAAUUGUUAUGUCAGCCAUUUCAUUACAAACCGCUUCAUCUUUAGUCAGCCUUCUCAACUUCCAACAGAAUUAUUCUGGUGGCUUACAUGCUGUGCACAGAAUGACCUAGGACCUGGGUUUUCAAACUUUCUGGGCUCGGGUUAGGUAUCCUGACUGAGGGACCCCGCACACACACACACUCGGACUGUGCAGGCUUCCAGCAGAAUAGCGAGGCCAGCCUGGCUCCCUCGUUCCCUCACAGCCUCCACAAAAGGCUGCCCGUGAAAUACCUUACACUGGAGCCAAGGGAACGCGUCAUUCUCAUCCAUUCCUUUGGCUGCGUAGCCAUUACACGUCCAGUGUGUUUCCCGACUCCACGGUCCCCCCCUGAGACCUCCCCGGGGAACCAUGGGCCCUAGCUUGGUAACCCCUGAUGUAGGAAAUACAAACACUUUAUAUCCAGAGUUUCACCCACAGAAUAUACAGUCAAUUCACUUCAUAGUAU